UCCUCCAUGCCGACGACGACCAGACCCGUCCGGAUUAUCCCCUUGCAGCACCCGGAAACGACGUCGUCGUCGUCGUCGUCAAAUGCGUCGCCGUGGGCCGCGCUGGAGAGGUGGAAAUCGAAGGUCGUCAGCAUGACGUGGAUUGAGUGGCUGGAGCUGUUCCUGCCUUGCUUCCGGUGGAUUCGGACAUACAAAUGGCGCGAGUAUCUCCAGGUCGAUCUCAUGGCCGGAAUCACCGUCGGAGUCAUGCUCGUUCCUCAGGCAAUGUCGUAUGCAAAAUUGGCUGGGCUUGAACCUAUAUACGGACUUUACUCUGGUUUUGUACCUUUGUUUGUGUAUGCUAUAUUUGGCUCGUCUCGUCAGCUAGCUGUUGGCCCAGUAGCAUUGGUUUCACUCCUGGUUUCCAAUGUUUUAAGUGGCAUUGUUGAUUCUACUGAUGCGCUGUACACUGAACUGGCAAUAUUAUUGGCACUCAUGGUUGGGAUCAUGGAAUGCAUACUGGGGCUUUUAAGGCUUGGAUGGAUUAUUCGCUUCAUCAGCCACUCAGUCAUUUCUGGCUUUACGACUGCUUCAGCCAUUGUGAUUGCUUUAUCUCAAGCAAAAUACUUCUUGGGAUAUGAUGUUGAACGAAGUAGCAAGAUUGUGCCGCUGAUUGUGAGCAUUAUAUCGGGAGCUGAUGCGUUUUCAUGGCCCCCCUUUGUAAUGGGAUCCGUCAUUCUUGCGAUACUGCUGACCAUGAAGCACUUGGGAAAGACAAGGAAAUACUUGCGUUUCCUGAGAGCAGCAGGUCCCCUCACUGCAGUCCUUUCUGGCACCAUUUUUGUCAAAAUAUUCAAUCCAUCUUCCAUAUCCUUGGUAGGAGACAUACCACAGGGCCUUCCAUCAUUUUCUAUCCCUAAAGCUUUUGGAUAUGCUACCUCUUUGAUUCCAACUGCGCUUCUCAUCACUGGAGUAGCUAUUUUGGAAUCUGUGGGAAUUGCAAAAGCUUUAGCAGCGAAGAAUGGGUAUGAGUUGGAUUCAAAUCAAGAGUUGUUCGGUCUUGGGGUGGCAAAUAUUUUUGGUUCAUUUUUUUCUGCAUACCCUACAACAGGUUCCUUCUCUAGAUCAGCUGUGAAUCAUGAAAGUGGAGCAAAAACUGGCUUAUCUGGAAUUGUUAUGGGAUUUAUAAUGGGGUGUGCCCUCCUAUUUAUGACAGAAUUGUUUGAAUCUAUACCCCAGUGUGCUCUAGCUGCCAUUGUCAUUUCUGCUGUAAUAGGUUUGGUGGACUAUGAUGAGGCUAUAUUUUUAUGGCGAGUGGACAAGAAAGAUUUUCUUCUUUGGACCAUCACUAGCACCACAACAUUGUUCCUUGGCAUUGAGAUUGGCGUCCUUGUCGGAGUUGGUUUUGCACUUGCAUUUGUUAUCUAUGAAUCAGCGAACCCCCAUAUUGCUGUCUUGGGGCGUCUCCCAGGUACCACUGUUUAUAGAAAUACACAACAAUAUCCAGAAGCAUAUACAUACAAUGGAAUUGUGAUUGUUCGGAUUGAUGCACCUAUUUACUUUGCGAACAUAAGUUAUAUAAAAGACAGACUACGUGAAUAUGAAGUUGAGGUUGAUAAAUCUACUAGUCGUGGACCAGAAGUUGAAAGAAUUUAUUUUGUGAUCUUAGAGAUGGCACCUGUAACAUAUAUAGAUUCAAGUGGUGUCCAAGCUCUAAAAGAGUUGCAUCAGGAGUACAAAUUGCGGGACAUCCAGAUUGCCAUUUCAAAUCUCAAUCGAGAAACUCUGAUGACCUUAUCAAGAGCAGGUGUAGUAGAGCUGAUUGGUAAGGAGUGGUACUUUGUAAGAGUGCACGAUGCUGUUCAGGUUUGUCUUCAGCAUGUUCAGAGCUUAAAAGAGACUCCUAAGAUAGGUAACCCUUUAACCGAAGAGAGACAGAGUUCCUUCCAGAGAUAUCUUAGACAAAGGGCAGAGGAUUCAUCACUGUCCGAGCUGGAGUCUGGGAAUCAGACAUCUUUAGUUACGAAGGAAAGUGACCCUCAGUUGGAACCCCUUUUGUCUCGAAAAUCUUCUUGAGAUAUUCAUAAAUUCAUGAAGAAUUUCCCCUACAUUUUUUCUGGCCAGGUUCCCCGUUUUUUAGGUUCAUGGUUGAUUCUUUCCAUGUAAUUAGGCUCCCUGUUGUGAAAUGUAAAGCAUAUAGCAGCAACAGGUCUAUUGUUAAGAAAAUAUAAACAACAAAUAUGGGCAAUGUACUAGUUAGUGUGAUGAAUCAACUUAAGUUCACAGUAUCUUAAUUAUCUAUUCAAUCGAGUUUCCUACACAUCCA